AUGAGUCCCAGACCUAGUCCUGACGGAGACCCGCCGCAACCGCGAACGGGCCAGACUGGUGCUGCUGCCGGUCCGUCUUGGAGCGCUCCGAGGCGCGCCGACAGGGUGGGGAAAGGAGCCAAAGGUGGGCCGGAGAACGCGCUGCACGGCUUUCGCGGAGUGCGGCAGCGCAGUUGGGGGAAGUGGGUGACGGAGAUCCGCGCGCCGCGCAGCAAGAAGCGCAUCUGGCCAGGGUCGUUCGCGGACGCGCGGACGUCUGCGCUGACGUACGACCGCGCAGCGCGGAAGUUGUACGGGCCGCGCGCGCAGCUCAACUUCUUCGACGAGGCGGCAGUUUCUGCGCCCAUCAGCAGCCCCCCUCACGGCGCAAGCUUGCGCGCCGCCGACGCCCGCAGCGGCUUGAUCAGCAGCGGAAGCGGCAGUGGCGGGAUUGCUGCGAGCGACAGCGAAGGUGGCGCUUUUGCAGGCGUGAUCAGCGGCGACGCCGGAGGCGGAGAGAGAACGACCCGCUCCGUCGAAACGCCUGCGCAUGUACCGCGCUGCGCGUCGAGCGACGACGCGACGCCUCCGUCACUGGCGAGGUUCGCGUUCACCGGCGGCGCGCCGUUUCUAACGCGCGACUCCAACCCAGCGGAGAGCACCGUUAGUGCAGCCAUGGCGGCGGCCUCCCGAACCGCGUCGAUCAACGCAGAAACUCUCGCUGCAGCGCGAUGUGACUACAUCGAUGCCCUGCCACUGCCCAGCAUGAGCUUCCAAGAGAUCUUCAACCGCUCGUGUCCGCCGCUCACCGCGCCCGCCGCGGCGUCUACCUCCGUAUCCGCGCUCGGCGCGCGCGCCCCGUCAGCGGAGAAGCGCGGCAUGUGGCAGGGGCCGGUUGAGUCGUUCCGCACGCCCGCGGCGAGCAGCGGGGACGCGUCGACCCGUCGGCGGAGAGCAGGCAGGCGGAGAGCAGGCAACCGAAGCGCGGGGACCAGCAGGCGGAGGAGCAGGAAUCUGUGGCGUGCUUUGGCUGGAGCCAUGGCGGUGGCGUUGCUUAUCACAGCAUCGUGA